UUUGUGCUUUCCGUCAACCGAAACCCUAAGGAGCCGUACCAUAGACAAAUAGAGAGAGAGAGAGAUGGCAGAAGAUUUCCACACAGGGAUAUGCAGCGAAGGUUGCUGGUGGAACCCUAAAGGGAGGGCGAGCUUUGACGCGCAGGCAUCCACGUGCUCAACUGCAGCAGCUGAGAUCGAAGGAAGAGCCUUUAGCUGGGCAUCCUGCGGUGAGGCAGCAGGAUCGGCCGGUGGCAGCUCGAUGAUCUCUCAAGAAACUCAUGAGGUCCAACACUCUGACGUUUGCCCCUCUUUGAUCAUCGAUUCAACCACGCCAAGCUUCAGCCUCUCGUCUUCCUCCAUGAGUUGGACUAAAUCCUUACUGAAUAGUGUAAGACCUGAAGGCAGUUUCCAUGCCAUGCUCCAAGAGGAUCCUGGUUCAAGACCUUGUAUCAGGCAACACCCACCUGUUGAUUCAAAUCAAGUUCAUACAGGCGCUGAAAGUUCGAUAGCUAAUCCAUUCAGUGACAUCGACCACACUUGCUUCUUAGAUCAUCAUCAUCAUCAUCAUCAUCAUCAUUUCAGCUCCGGUAAAGAGUUCAGCGAUGUUGGUGUUGCCAGUUAUCACUUUCCGGCCUCCUAUGGAUACUCAUCAGUGAUGUCGCAAGACGAAUCAGGCAUUCAUGACAGUGGAGUGAUGAAUCGCUACCAGUCUCCAUUGGUUGCCUAUCAAGGAAGCUCGAAUGAACAAAGGCAACCUUCGUGGGCUAAAUUCUCUCAGCUGCUAAAAUCCCCACUUUCUAAACAACAGUCGCAGUUCACUAACAACACUCUCUUCUGGAACGCUUCCGCUGCUGCCUCGGUUGGUGAUGUGAAGUCGAUCUUGUGUUCUCCAACACCUUCGCAAUUUGUCAUGCAGCCACAAACUACGUGCGGUAAUCUCGCUGCCUGUAGGAUAAGUCCAGGAGGAGUUCAGGACUCAUGUUCUUCCUCCACCAAGAAAACCGGAAGCGAGUCUGCAGUCAAAAAGCCCCGGAUAGAAACACCUUCGCCAUUGCCAACCUUUAAGGUGAGAAAGGAGAAAUUAGGGGACAGAAUCACUGCUCUACAGCAGCUAGUUUCGCCUUUUGGAAAGACUGACACUGCAUCGGUUCUCCAAGAAGCCAUCGAAUACAUUAAGUUCCUUCAUGAUCAAGUCGGUGUUCUAAGCAGUCCAUACUUGAAAGAUGGACAUCCCAUGCAACACCAGAUAUCGAGCAAGUCCAAGGAUUGCGAUGAAACGAAGCAAGACCUCAGAAGCCGAGGACUGUGUUUGGUUCCUAUCACAAGCACGUACCUGGUGGCAAGCGAGACCACAGCAGACUUCUGGCACCCUACAUUUGGAGGAAGCUUCAGAUAGAGAGGAGUACAGGGUGCUGAGGAUUGUUACGAUGAAACAUCACUACCAGCCAUAAAGUUUCAGAAUGUCAGGCAAAGAAAGACAGGGACUUGUAUAUGAGGAGGAAAUUAAGAAACAAGGAUUGUAUGUUCUUUCCGAACUUUUAUCAAACAGGAAGGAAAUUAAGAAGAAGAAUUACUUGGUAAUAAAAGCAUGGAUGGGGAGAGUACAAAGAAAAGACGGACAUCGGGAUAACUGCAGGAGAAAUGGACGCUGGCCACACUCAGGGAGAGAGAGAGAGAGAGCUCUGGAAGUAAUAAUUAUAGCAAUUAUGUAUUACAUAAAGGUGGCCAAAGUGUAAGAACAGGCGCAACAUUUAACAGAAGGGAACAAGGAAAGGUGACUGGCAAGAGGAUGGUGGCUCUUGUUGUUGUUCCUUGUGUUCAUAAGUGGAUGCCACCAGCCAGCCAAUUCAUACCUCCUCUUUUUCUUAUGAUAAAGAAGUUUAUUUU